CUGUCACUGUUAUGGUCCUGUCAGGGCGCCGGCGUCGUGGUGCUUGGGCGGUCGCCACUGAGAGGACUUUGGUGGGGCAGUCUCGGGACAGCCCGGCGGCCCUCUGCGCUCGCCUUGGGUCUGUGUCCCAGCCUGCCCCCCUCAGCUCGCAGGCCGCACCAUAACGCGAGCGUGCGGGUCCGUGUUGCGGCGGCCUUGGGACCUGGGCCCAGCUGCAGCCUCCUCCACCGCAGCGGGCUCGGAGGGGCGGCGAGAUGCAGCCGCCGGGCCCGCCCCCGGCGUAUGCCCCCACUAACGGGGACUUCACUUUUGUCUCCUCAGCUGACGCGGAAGAUCUCAGUGGUUCCAUAGCAUCCCCAGAUGUCAAAUUAAACCUCGGUGGAGAUUUUAUCAAAGAAUCUACAGCUACUACAUUUCUGAGGCAAAGAGGGUAUGGCUGGCUUUUGGAAGUUGAAGAUGAUGAUCCUGAAGAUAACAAGCCACUCUUGGAAGAAUUGGAUAUCGAUCUAAAGGAUAUUUACUACAAAAUUCGAUGUGUUUUGAUGCCAAUGCCAUCACUUGGUUUUAACAGACAAGUGGUGAGAGACAAUCCUGACUUUUGGGGUCCUCUGGCUGUUGUUCUUUUCUUUUCCAUGAUAUCAUUAUAUGGACAGUUUAGGGUGGUCUCAUGGAUUAUAACCAUUUGGAUAUUUGGUUCACUGACAAUUUUCUUGCUGGCCAGAGUUCUUGGUGGAGAAGUUGCAUAUGGCCAAGUUCUUGGAGUUAUAGGAUAUUCAUUACUUCCUCUCAUUGUAAUAGCUCCAGUACUUUUGGUGGUUGGAUCAUUUGAAGUUGUGUCUACUCUUAUAAAACUGUUUGGUGUGUUUUGGGCUGCCUACAGUGCUGCUUCAUUGUUAGUGGGUGAAGAAUUCAAGACCAAAAAGCCUCUCCUGAUUUAUCCAAUCUUUUUAUUAUACAUUUAUUUUUUGUCUUUAUAUACUGGGGUGUGAUCCAAGUUCAUUCAUGAGUAGAAAAAGACAAUGUUACAUUUGUAUGUAGGCUGGGAAUUCUUGCUGACCCUUGGGAAAAAACGUUGCUGGUAAACUUUCAUGUUUGAGAUGAAAAGGAAGGUUUAAGAUCUUUUUACAACUAUUUUUUGUAUGUAAUUAAGCAGUUACAGUUAUCUGGGAUUUUUUGGUCAGAAUUCUAAACUGUUUGAUUCUUCAUAUUCCAGUGAAUAAAAUAUGAAAGCAUUGUGUUUUUAAUAUUGUGUUAAUAUUCACCUAAAAAUUUGUGCCAAAAGCACCUGACUCGGUAAUUGUAUUUCACUUGAAGGAUAAAUUUGACAGCAUCCUGAUAAUCUAAAAGUGCAAUGUUUUUUUUAACGAGUUUUCUCCUGCAUCACAGAUCCUGUAGAUAUAUAUUUAUAUUUAUACAUAUAUAUUUAUGAAAUAAUUCUUAUUAUUCACAAAAUAUAUUUCUUAAUAGCCUAAAAAUUAAAAUAUUAUGCUUAAACUUUUCUUCAAUUGGCCAUUAAUCUUUUUUAUUUAAAAUUUAAAAUUUGUUUUUUAAAUUGUAUGUAAUUUUUAAAAUAAUAGCUGCUGAUGUAGACAUGAUUUGUGAAAGUAUGCUUUUAAAAACCAUUUUGAAUGUCUUAAACAUCUGACUUAAAGUUUCUGUUUAACUUUCUGACCAAAGGAACAAGAGCAUAUGGCAUUCAUUAAAGUUAUUAAUAUAUAGAAAAACAAUGAUAUUUAUAGCAUCAGUAAAUAUUUUUAAGUGAUACUCCUAAAUCAGAGAAGUAUGGGAAAAAGACAUAAAAUCUUGUGGUCCUGAGCAAUGUUAUAUGAAGUAGAAAAAAAUAAAAUGUUUCCCAGCUGUGUGUUUUGUUUUAUAA